AUGAUAUCGCUCACAGGAAUCCUUUUUCGUUGCAACAGUAGGAGGCUGCAAGUACGACUGAGUAGCUGUGUUCACAGCGGAUAUAUAUACAUGACUCGUGUAUCUCCAUAUAAGUCCCGGCAUCGCAUCGUCCUACACAAGUACGACCCUCGUGUCAACAAACAUGUGUUAGUAUCGAAAAUACGUCUUUUAAUAUUAAUCAGAUUGUUUUAUCAAACUGCUGCUGCAAGGACCGGGUAUAACACGUCACCCCCGUCAAGACAUUCCGUAAGGUAUGCAAGGUUGAUAGGGAAGGCCAAAAACAUGAAAACGCUAAUUGGAGAAAUUCAAAAAGCAUAUGAGCAUGGCCGGUUCAAUGCAUUUGACAGUUAUUACAAUACGAGGGGAACUUCCAGAGGUAUUGCUUAA